UCAAAGCCCACAUUUAAACUGCUGCCUGCCUGUGCAGCAGCUGAAGAACUACGGAAUGGAUUCUAUACACCACAAUUCUGGGUUAAAACAACUCCAAACCAUCGCUAUUACUGCCUAGCAACAAUGAAGGAAGGAACAGAGGGAGAUCCUAUGACUGAAGAUAACUGAGGCACUAGGCGCCAGCACUGCCUGCUAACAUUUCCAGCAGAAAUAUGGAUCCCGAGGAGAGGACAACACAGCCCUGUAUUGUCCGAGCUGGGAGACGGCAGAUGUGAGAGCCCCAAUGCAGCGGCUGUGAGCGCCAGGCAGCCCCGCGCCAGCAGCGAGCACAACUCCUGCUCCUUUUGUCUGCAGCAUGAACAAAAAGCCCCGAGACAAGGACGCCGCUUCCAAGCAGGGAAGGUAACACGGCGAGGAGCAGGCAGAUGGACAGAGCGGAGCCCGAGCGGGCGCAGGAAGCAGGGCUGGUGGGGGAUGUGCGCAUGGUCGAGAGCAUCUUUUUUGCUGAAGUGAUGGCGUGCCCAAACUAUUUUCUGUGGGUAUAAUCCUGCACCAUAAAUGGCCUGACCAAGGAAGAGUGAGCCAUUUGCAGACAAUUACUCAACUCAAAGGAAAAUGAAUACCAAAGAAUAGCAGUGGAUUCUAAACCAAUUGGAAAAGCCUUUUCCUUGAGCAUUGUCUCAUAUCCCAUUACUGGAUCUUUACAACAUGCUUCAGUGGAGAAGACGACACUGCUGCUUGGCAAAGAUGACCUGGAAUAGCAAAAGGUCUCUGUUUCGCACCCAUCUCAUCGGCCUGCUCUCUCUGGUGUUUCUUUUUGCCGUGUUUCUGUUCUUUAAUCAUCACGACUGGCUGCCAGGCAAGGCUGGAUUCAGAGAAAACCCCAUGUCUUACACCAUACGAGGAUUUAGAUCUACAAAAAGCGAGAGCAACCACAGCUCUCUAAGGAGCAUGUGGAGAGAUGCUGUGCCUCAGACACUCAGGCCUCAGACAGUCACCAACCCUAACAACACAGAUCUGUCCCCACAGGGAGUCACCGGUUUGGAAAACACCCUCAGUGCCAACGGAAGUAUUUACAACGAGAAAGGCACUGGGCAUCCAACUUCCUAUCAUUUCAAAUACGUCAUCAAUGAGCCUGACAAGUGCCAGGAAAAGACCCCUUUUCUAAUACUGCUCAUAGCUGCAGAGCCAGGCCAGGUGGAGGCCAGACAAGCAAUUCGACAGACCUGGGGCAACGAGAGCCUGACACCUGGCAUCCAAAUUGUACGGAUUUUUUUGUUGGGCUUAAGCACCAAGGUAAACGGAUACCUCCAGCGAACCAUCCUUGAGGAAAGCAGACAGUACCACGACAUCAUUCAACAAGAAUACUUAGACACCUACUAUAACUUAACUAUAAAAACACUGAUGGGAAUGAACUGGGUUGCAACCUACUGUCCACAUGUUCCAUAUGUUAUGAAAACUGAUAGUGAUAUGUUUGUCAAUACCGAAUAUUUAAUACACAAGCUUCUGAAACCAGAACUUCCUCCCAGGCACAAGUAUUUUACAGGUUAUUUAAUGAGAGGUUAUGCACCUAAUAGAAACAAGGAUAGCAAGUGGUAUAUGCCACCUGAUUUGUAUCCAAGUGAACGUUAUCCUGUAUUCUGCUCUGGAACUGGUUAUGUUUUUUCUGGAGACUUGGCAGAAAAAAUCUUUAAGGUCUCCUUAAGCAUCAGACGUUUACAUUUAGAGGAUGUGUACGUGGGGAUCUGUCUCGCCAAGCUGCGGAUUGACCCCAUGCCCCCACCCAACGAGUUUGUCUUCAAUCACUGGCGAGUUUCUUACUCCAGCUGUAAAUACAGCCACCUAAUUACCUCCCAUCAGUUCCAACCUAGCGAGCUGAUCAAAUACUGGAACCACUUACAGCAGAACAAGCACAACGCCUGCGCCAACGCGGCCAAGGACAAGGCCGGCAGGUACCGCCACCGCAGACUGCACUGAGGGCGCCGCGCGGCUCCUGUAAAUAAACAGCGCUGAACGCAGCCACAGCGACA